AUGACUGAUGACUCGCUGAAAUAUCCACCUGAUAUACAGAAAUUAUUCCAGCCGAAACCGCCUCUUGUAUACAUCCCACCAACAGAUUACCCUCCCGAGGAGCGAUCAACCUUAUCAAUUACACCAAUAUCCAACUACAAAAAUUUCAUAAAGAACUAUGUGGAAAAUGAUCUACCUAAACGGGAAGCACGCAUCUCCAAACCUGAACUAUCGACCCACAAGAAGAAGUUACUAGAUGCCCAGAAUAAAAGGCAGCAGCUGAAAGACUCAUUCAACCGGCAAUUGCAAGAUUGGAAUGAUCCCGAAUUGCUUGCUAGAAAUGAAAAAGAAGUCAUGAAAGAUCCAUACAAGACUGUCUUCAUUGCUCGGUUGGACUACAGUUUAACAGAAGUUGACAUAUCUCAAAGUUUUCGCAAAUUUGGUGUCAUAAACUCAAUCCUGAUAAUUAGAGACCACGAGGGGAAAAGUAGAGGAUAUGGCUUCAUUGUUUAUGAGCAAGAGACAGAUGCGCAUGCAUGUGUUUCCGAGCUAUCAAGGACUGGUAUUAAAUUGAAGGAUAGGAACAUCUUGGUCGAUAUUGAAAGAAGUCGAGUGUGGCGAAAUUGGAAGCCAAGACGUCUAGGUGGUGGAUUAGGCGGAAGAGGUUAUUUGAAAGAAGGAAGGGCGGCAUCUGCAGCUGCAAGUGGCAGACGUAUGCAUAUAGCCAACAAUCCAACGACACAUUACCAACCAAACAAUGUUCACAGACAAGCUACAUCUCAGUAUAAAGUUCCCACUCAUACCAAUUCAACUCAAAUCCAGUCGUCAUCUAAGUACCAACCUAUCAGUCAGCCAAGACCAUAUAACUAUUCGUCGAGUCAACCAUCGUCUGGUAGGUCCAUCCGAAGCAUUAGAGGAGGAGAAUAA